CCACCACUUCCACCAAUGUUGCCACCCAGCUUGGAUGCAUUCCUGGAUGUUUCUGGAUUUGACACCACAAAGAAGAAGACUACUACUGUGGCUACAACUCCUUCAGCUCCUCCAGUCACUCAACAAAGAGAUCAUUUGGACCUUCUAGUGGAUCAACACUUGAAACUAGCAGAGGACAACAAGAAAGCAGAACUAGCAGCAAAGGCGGAUCCCCUGGCAGAUAUCUUCCAAAAUCCACCUAGAGCCCCACCAGCAGCAGCAAUGGUACCUCCUGCUGGUGCCUUAUUUCCAGCUCCAUUACAGCGUCCAGCCCCACCACCAUCACAGCCAAUUCAAUUGCCACCUGCACCACAAAUGCCUCUCCAGCAGAGAGCACCCAUGGCAAUACCUCAACCCCCUUCUCCACAAAUGAUGUCUCCUGGCAUACAGCCUAUUUAUCAGAUCCCAAGGGUUCAGAGGAGGAUCUCCAAGUGAUGACUUGGUUAUUUAUAGUUGGCAAUAGUACAGUAGCUCCAUAAAAGGAGAGUCUGGGAAAUAAAUGAGGGAUUACUAACAUUACUUUGAUUCUGCUA